CUUUAUUUGUAUCUACGAUCAUACUUCAAUUACAUCAUAUAAGAUAAAAAAAAAUUAAACAUGGAUUCAGAUACUCUUCUUGAAACCAAAAGUGAUGAUGAAUUGAAACAGAAACAAGCUUAUGUGCUUUCUCAGCUUCAUGAAGAAGUGGUUUUCUGUUAUCCUCCAAGACCAAUCUCUGAACUUGAUGCUGCUGCAACUAAAAUUCAAAAGGUUUACAAGAGUUAUCUUACUAGAAAACACCUUGCAGAAUGUGCAGUUCUAGUGGAAGAACUAUGGUGGAAGGCAUUGGAUUUUGCUGCUCUUAAAAGGAGUUCUAUUUCAUUCUUUGAUGAUCAGAAACCAGAUACUGCUUAUGUCUCACGUUGGAAAAGAGUAAGGGAGUUAUUCUUACAUGGUCACAUGACUAGAAAGGGUUUUUCCUCUUCUUUCUAGAGUGUUACACUAUUACGAGUUCUACCUCAGAUAUAAAAUGAACUCAAAUUUAAAAAGCUCUAAUGUUCAAUUGUAAUAACGGGCAUGUUUAUCCUUGUAAAUAAAAGAUUGAAAUGUGAUGUGAAAGUUUGAGAAUUAGAUAAUUUCAGUUAAUUAUAAUUGAAACUUUUAUAUAAUAGUACCAAGGUUGUCAGAAUUGAGUUUUUAGGUCAAUUUAUUU